CGGCCCCGUGUGGCAGGAAGGGAGAGCGAAACACGACACCCCGACAGAAGAGGAGGCGAGGGGGGCAAGAGGAGGGAUCACCAGCGGGCGAGUGGAAAAAGGAAAAAGUGCGAGCCGGAGAAAAAGAAGCGCAGAGAAAGACGAGAGUUUCCCUCGGCGACUUUUACUCGAGCAGCGCCGCCGUUUGGACCGCAGGCGGAGGAUGAGGACGAGCGCGAUGACGACGCGGAUCACAACACGACCAUGCUGCGUGGUUCCGACACGCGGGAGAACAUUCUAGACUCCAUUCCUGCGCUCCUUCCCAACUUCGGCCUGUGCCAUUUCCCCCCGCGGAGUCACCCAGGCAACUUUUUGCGCACCGGGAGGAAAAUAAAACCCUGCGGGUUAAGAAACUUUUUCUUAAGUUUUUUUUUUUUUGGCGCCUCAAGCACAGUGACAAUAUAAAAAAGGAGGAAUCCCACACAAAAAGAAAGAAGAAGAGUCAUUUUCAAACACGGGAGUGUGCUAGCCAGCUAGCAAAGCUAACCAACUUUAAAGUUGGCGUUCGACGGCAAAAGUGAGCCGAGAAAGUCCCAGACCACCACCAUGAAGACCCCGGCAGACACGGGGUUUGCCUUCCCCGAGUGGGCCUACAAGCCGGAGUCCAGCCCGGGCUCCCGGCAGAUCCAGCUCUGGCACUUCAUCCUGGAGCUGCUCAGGAAGGAGGAGUACCACGACGUCAUCGCCUGGCAGGGCGACUACGGCGAGUUUGUCAUCAAAGACCCAGACGAGGUGGCUCGCUUGUGGGGGGCCAGGAAGUGCAAGCCCCAGAUGAACUAUGACAAACUCAGCCGCGCCCUCAGGUACUACUACAACAAGAGGAUCCUACACAAGACUAAGGGCAAGAGGUUCACCUACAAGUUCAACUUCAACAAGUUGGUGCUGGUCAACUACCCCUUCAUCGACAUGGGCUCUGGUCGCAGCAUCCCACAGAGUGCCCCACCUGUGCCCACCGGCGGCACCCACUUCCGCUUCCCGCCCUCCGCGCCCUCGGACGUGCUGUCGUCCAGCGAGGAGCUGCGCAGCCCGGGCGUGUUCAGCGGCGUGGCGCGCCGCAUGGCCCGCGGCUCCGUCAGCGACUGCAGCGACGGGACGUCCACCAACUCGGAGCUGGAGGAGGCGGUGGGGGCGGAGGAGCGGGCGGCGGGGCCCGACAGGGCUUUCAGGGGGCUCCUCCCGCCCCGCCACCCUCACGAGUCGCUCUUCAGGGUCUACGGCGCCAACCCGGCGGGACUCCCCAGACCCUCCCAUAGGGUCCACCCCGAGUCCCUGUCUCCGUUCCCCGUGUCCCCCCUGCCGGGCCCCGGGGGGAUGCUGGCCCCGACUCUGUCCCCGGCCCUCUCCAUGACGCCCACCCCACACCUGUCCUACACCCCCUCCCCCUCGCUGUCCUCCCCCAUGCUGGGCUCCCACUUCUCCUUCAACCCGGAGGACAUGAAGCACUACCUGCAGGCCCACACCCAGUCCGUCUACAACUACCACCUCAGCCCCCGCGCCUUCCUUCACUACCCCAACAUCAUCAUCCCGCAGCCCCACCGCCCCACCCCCGAGAAGCCGCCCGCCCACCACCUGCACGGCCCGCCCCUGCCUCUCUCCCAUUCGCUGGGGGUCGGAGAGGACGCCCACCAGCACCCGUCGCCUUUCAAGUUCAAGCUUCAGCCGCCCCCUCUUGGCCGCAAGCAGCGGGAUGCGGGAACCUCAUUGGCUUCUUCUUCCUCCUCCUCCGCUGGCUCCGCCUCCUUGUUCGCUGUGUCCGGACAGAUGGCUGCGGGAGCGCCCAAGAUAAAGGUGGAGCCCAUAUCUGACAUCGAGUCGGAGGAGGAGGAGGUGGAAGUGACCGACAUCAGCGAGGACGAGGAGAUGAACCGUGAUGACGACGACAUCUUCACCGCCGUGUCCCAUCACCCACUCCUCCAUCAUUCCAGGAAUAACGGGGCCGCCCUCCCGCCGCCCUCCGACCCUGAUGACGACGACGAGGAGGUCUUCAAGACGCCGGCCACCCCGCCUCUCAGCGCCGGUCACUCGGCAUUCCCGCUCCUCAGCCUGAAGAGCGAGCCGGCCCCGUGCCACCCGGCGCCCAUCAGCCCCGGCGGCACCCGCUGUAUACCGCUCAAACUCCGCUUCAAGCGCCGCUGGAGCGAGGACCAGAAGAUGGAGGCGGACGGCGAGAAGGACGAGGCUGAGGACAAGAAAGUGCGAGCCGAGGGCAGGGAGGAGGCGGAGCAGCGGAAGAGGGAGGGGCCGGCAGAGAACGGAGGAGGUCGGGGCGUCAUCUUGGGCUUGAUGCUGCCGCCGCCGCCCGCCCAACGCCGGGCCAGCUCUGAGCUGCAGCGAGCCACCGCUCAGCUGUCUCUGGAGAACGCCAGCUGCUGAGCCGUGUGCACGCCACUUACGUGCGCACGCCCACAGACCGCACGAGUGACCUUUGACUGGGCGGGAUCAUUUCACACUCCUUAAAAGGACAUAAUGUUUGGUCUUUUUGGCGCUGAAUCCUGAAAACUAGCGAUGAAACACUAAAGUAAACAUGGACGCCGCCUGUCACUGGAUGCCACACAAGUGCCUCGCCGCGUUUACAAGACAGACAGGGGUCGUCGGCCAUCUUGGCGUCGUCGAGGCUACAUUCCGUACUUUACAGAGACGCCACUUCUUGGCGGAGGACGAGUGCACAGCGGUGAAGUGACUCCAACUCUAAGGGGUAAUAUAUAGAGGAGGCCACGCCCACACGGCCCAGGAAGCCACGCCCACUCCGCCGUGCUUAGACUCCAGCGUUGAAGGUCUCGUCUUCAUUCCCCAGGCUCCUCGCCAUCGCGUCGCAGUAUCCCCGGGCAUUUACAGCAGCGAGCCGGCGACUUGCUGCUCCUUGGUGAUGUUUUUUAGCGGUUAAACUUUAUUUUUGAUGACCUUUAAAAAUGUUUUUAAAAAAUUGUUUUUAAAAAGAGAUAUUCUAAUUGGAUGAAAUAAGAUUGUGCCUUUACGAAGCCCCGCCCCCCUCUUCGUCACACAAACUACCGACUUGCCUUCUUCCGUUUUUAAAGUCAAACUACACAAUCUAUAUUUUACUCAAAGUUAAAUGUUAUAUUUCGAUAUGGAAAAGAAACUAAAUCUAUUUUUCAUGUGUUCAUAUAAAAUAAAUAUAUAUAUAUAUAUAUAUAUGUAUAUGUAUACAUAUAUAUAUAUAUA